CUGCUGGCUCACUGAGAAGCAUUUCACCACAAUGUUUGGCACUCUGUGUUUCCUUGCACUGCUGGGCUCCACGGCGGCCUGGGGGCGGGCCGACCUGUGGAGUGGGAGAGGUAUGAGAAAUGGGACAGGAGACGGAAGUGGGGACAGAUGUACUUGUGAUGCCUUUUUGCCAGGGUCUACUUUUCCCUUUGGUGAUCUGGUGGAGGUAGAGCAGUGGAUGGAGGAGAUAUCGCACAAACUGCAACAGGAAAUGGGAAAGGUAGAAGAUUAUGAGAUCAAGAUCACGUCUUAUGCUGAAAAAAUUGUAAGUUUGACAGCGGUAAUUGUGACAAUGGAGAAGAACCCUGAUGACUACAGUUCCGCCGAGUUUGAAGAGGUGAAGGUCGAAAUUAAACAAGUGGAAGCUCUGAUUAAAGAGCUGCAGCUUUCUAUCAAUGGCUCCAUCACUCUCUUCGAGUCACUACACGUAGAAAUCACAUCAAUAGAGGUGACCCUGACGAGACUGGAACAAACCUAUGAUAAGAAUCUGGUUCUUGAGACGCGUCGAGAAUACAUCAAAGUGCAGCUGGAGUUGGAGGAAUGCGAAAGACGCCACCAGGAAAUUUUCAACCCCAACAUUGGGUCUUGUGCUCACACUGGUAUCAUCAAGGUUAGCAAACCCAUUGUGGCCCAGCUCAACCACCAUCUUCACAGUACGUACAUCUAUGGAGGCUGGGGGAAAGAUUCAAAGCCUAUUCCAGAAAGAGAGUCGAUGUACUGGUACUCAGGGUAUACCAGUGGCGCCCUUUAUGACAUUUACAUGUUCACCAACUAUAAGAAUCUGAUUCUUAGAAAACACUUCCAGCAUCAUAGCUUGAAAAGUGGCUCGACAGGUUUAGGAAACAACUAUAUUAUACGAGACAACACCUUGUACUACCAGAUGAACAGUCCAUUUGGAGUGGCCAAACUGAAUCUCACUGACAUGACAUAUGUGUCCAGAGUGAUUCCAAAAGCAAGCAGCAGCUUCUCCUAUUCUUUCUAUUCCAAUCAGGUCUUUGACUUUGCUGGUGAUGAGACUGGUCUGUGGGUGACCUAUGGUACAGUGGAAUCUGGAGGUAGAAUAGUCAUUGCAAAGAUAAAUGAAGCUUCUUUUGGGAUUGAGGAGGAAUGGCAGACUAGCAUUUACAAACCAGGGGUGAGCAACACGUUUAUGGUGUGCGGGGUUAUGUAUGCAGUCAGGUCACUUGAUAUCCAAACUGAAGCAAUUUUUUACAAGUACGACACUAGGACUAAAGAGGAGAGCUAUAUCCAUGUGCCCUUUGAAAAGUUUCAGGAUAAGUACUCUUCUCUGGACUACAAUCCCACUGACCAAAAGCUCUACAUGUUUAAUAAUGGCUACUAUGUUAACUAUCAUCUGUGGUUUAACCACACAACUGAAGCCACCGCGGCACCACCGCUGGCUGAGCCUGGCGCCACCGUGGCACCACCGCUGGCUGAGCCUGGCGCCAAGUCUUUGAUUGAUAAUAAUUCCUAAUUACUCUCCUAACAAAAAAAUAAAUGAUUGUAUUUCUCCCUGUCUAUCAAUCUAUUGUAUAAUCUUUCUGACUCUUACUCUCUAUGAAUAAAUAAUCUUGAGCAUUA